CCUCUGCUUUUAAACAGCUGAUGAUCAUUUGGAGCGAGCGGCGGGUUAUUUAAUAGUGCAAUUGGAAUUAAUUUUUAAUGGAUAUUUGGCUGUAAUGCUGCGUCAACUUUCAAACUCAAUAAGAAGGCAAUUGAAAACUAAUGGGAACUCAGCUAAACUACUUGCUGCCAUAUCGUCAACAGAGCAUCCUAAUGGGUUUUAUUGCACAAAAGCUACCGGCGGAAAUGGAGGCCAAAGGAAUAACAAUGAUAGUGCACGGGACGAAAAGCGUAAAAUACGCAAAGCAUCAGUUCCAGCAGUCCAAAAUCCGUUUGCCAACGUAACAAACAAAACAAAGGAGUCUUACUUGACUAUGGUUGAAAUAUUCGAAGAUCGUGACGUUCAUCGUCGCAAUCAUGUAGAGUUUAUUUAUGCUGCUCUCCGCAACAUGGCUGAUUUUGGGGUGGAGCACGAUAUAGAAGUGUACAAAGCGUUGAUCAACGUUAUGCCCAAGGGAAAGUUUAUACCUACCAAUGUUUUUCAGGCUGAAUUCAUGCACUACCCUAAACAACAACAGUGCAUUAUAGAUUUGUUAGAACAAAUGGAAGAUUUAGGUGUGAUGCCCGACUAUGAAAUGGAGGCUAUGUUGUUGAAUAUAUUCGGACGACGGGGGCAUCCAUUACGUAAGUACUGGCGUAUGAUGUAUUGGAUGCCCAAAUUUAAGAAUUUAUCGCCGUGGCCACUGCCAAAUCCAAUGCCAGAUGAUACACUAGAGAUAGCCAAGAUGGCAAUUGAACGUAUGUGUACAGUAGACUUACGAUCCAAAGUUUCUGUCUAUGAAACUAAAAUUGUCAGGGAUGCCGUCGAUGAAACGUGGAUUGUAAGUGGGAUGAGUGCGGAACAGUCGCAUCUUUUACGUGUUCAUCCCCGUCACAAAGCGGUUUAUAUAGAAGGCCCGUUUUUAAUUUGGUUGCGAAAUCGCUCUAUUAACUACUUCACUCUACGAGCUGAUCCAGAUCUUGAAUUUCUUCAAAGCCUAAAACAAAAUGAACAUGAAGAUCAGGACGAUGUUUCCCGAUUAAAGACGCCGGUUCUCGGUGCAGCAAUGCCGCGAACACAGAAUCAAGUUGGUAAAAAUCGUUCAGUUCAUCAACAAGAAGAUGGUACUAUAUUCGCAAUUUGUGCAACUGGAACCUCAACAAAAGACUCAUUACUAUCGUGGAUACGACUGUUGGAGAAUAACGGGAAUCCAACGCUUGGUGAAAUACCUGUAUUAUUCAGGGUUUCAUCUGCUAUUGCUGCGAAAGCAAUUGAGAUAGAAAGCAACACGACGAAAUCGGGUAAUGAGCAAGAAAGUCCAAUCCCAAAAACAAACUGAUUAAACCUCUCCGUUGAGUAGUUUCACCAAAAUUUUGUUAAAAACAUUAACAAUUAGAAUAAAAAAUAACAUUCUUUAGGGCGUCAAUAGUAA